CUUUAAAAUAGAAUCAAACUUGAUUACGCAACGCAUUCACAAUUGGACGCAGGCCCAUGGAAAAUGUUCAACAGCCUCCUCUCCAAUCGAUACAAUAAGAAGCGCGAAAUGUUCUAUGCCCAAUAUGAGGCGACACGUCUGCGAUAUAGCAAUCUGCCUGUCUAUCAGCGACCGGAGGAGCCUUUGGGCAGUAAAUCUCUGAAAUGUGCUCGCAAGAAGAGAAAACACGCUGACUACGAUUACGAUGGGUGGAUCGCCGGACACUCAGUGCCGAUUGUGGUGCGUCGCGCCAUUGAGAACUGGAGCUGCUGCCAAUUGAUGGAGCGUGUGGAUAGUCUGAGCAGAGAUGGCUGCAGCAGCUGGCGCAGCUGGCCAACGGAGCUGGAUGAGGCGCUGGCUGAGCCGAGACGUUCGUUGCGCCUGGCGGAUAAGCCAAAUUUAAGGCUUAAGCAAAUGAGCCAGCCAACUUUGAGAGACACAAUUGGCUCAGUCAACUGGCAACAGCAGCCCACUUCGUGCCCCGCCCCCGACAGCUCGCCGAAUAGGAAAAUGAAUAACCAAAGCUCGGCCGAGCAGCUGGCGCCGCCGACUUUUAUCGAUGGCUUGCCCCAGCUGGAGUGCAGCAUGUGCUGCAAGCCUUUUGGCCAUGAGUGCGACUUGCAACAGCACUCGCUCGACGAUUGCCGCAAAUAUUUGCUUGCCACACUGCCCAAUUCGAACUUGAGCUGAACUGAACUGAACUAAACUGAGCGAAGCGAGGCGCUGGGUUGCUUACAUAAUCUGGUCAAGUACUUGUAACUAAGUAGCAAGUGCAACCAGUUAAUCAAACAUAAUUCAACACGGACGUGGCAGCAUCUUGUUGCCUGGCCUGGCUGAGUCCUGCCUUGCCUUGCCUUGCCUUGUUGCCUCAUUUAAUAUUUAUUGUUAUAGGGUUUACACAGAUUUAAAUAGCAUUUGCUUGACUAAUUUAUAUGCAAGUGACAAACUUUGCAAAUCUGUUUGCUUUUGCUUGAGUGUACUUGACUGAGACAUACUCU